CACAAUGUAAGUGAAGAUCCUGGUAUUGCGGAGAAGUUAUAUUCCACGGCUGGGUGCUUUUCAUGGACGGCUAUAAUAUUGAACGUUUACUACCACGGGCCAUGCCUUAAUUUAACUUUACAUCAGCGUUUCAUAGUUCAAUGGAUCCCGGAAGACGAGUAAUAGCGGUUCCCUUACGGACGGGCGGAGUUACGUAUCCAUAAACCGCCAUACAAAAGAACACAAAAGAAGCGCCCCUCCUUCGCUACCAUGGGGAGAGGGGUAAAUAUACCUCAGUGAGCAGGCCGUCAGCUAACGGCCGGGUUUAAAUGAGAGAGAAACGUCGGGACGCGGUGUUUAGUCUCAUCUCGACCUCCUCGGACCACCCUCCUCACCGAUGCUUGUGUACCGGUUGCUGCCUGUGCUCUGGGCUCUGUCCGCAGAGGCAGACUUCUUCCAGUUCGACAGCAUCUCCAAUGUUUCCUCUUACUAUUUUAAUUACAUUUAUUGCAAUAUAUGGGAGGGGGACUGUCAGCCCAGCCAAGACGAUGCUACACAGCAAGUUCCUACCAGGGACCUUUGGGCAGGUUUUCCUCAGGACUACGUUAGCCUGCUGCAUCAGUGGUACUGUAGUCUGGGCCAGUGCUGUGAGUCUGGAGACUGCAGGAUAACCAACAACAUCACAGGUCUGGCGAGGGACCUUAAAACGAAGCUGCACGGGCAGCACCUGGUUCAGUCUGUGGUUCUGAAAGCCAUCCAGGGUUUUAUCAACAACCCAGAGUCCAACAAGCCACUGACCCUCUCCUUCCACGGCUGGUCCGGCACCGGCAAGAACUUUGUGGCCCGGAUCAUCGCAGAUAACCUGUAUCGUGAAGGGGUGAAGAGUGAGUGUGUCCGACUGUUCAUCGCCCCGUUCCACUUCCCACACGCCAGAUUGGUGGACACGUACAAGGGCCAGCUGAGAGAGGCGAUCCGGGACAUGGUGUUGCGCUGCCCUCAGACGCUGUUCAUCUUCGACGAGGCUGAGAAGCUUCACCCAGGCCUCAUUGAUGCCAUCAAACCCUACAUGGAUCACUAUGACAACGUAGAUGGCGUCAGCUACCGCAGAGCCAUCUUCCUCUUCCUCAGUAACAUUGGUGGAGCAACGAUCAAUGAUGUAGCGCUCGACUUCUGGCACUCUGGUCAGAAUCGAGAGGACAUCGGUAUGGAAGACCUGGAGCAUCGUCUGCGAGCUGAAACUAUGGAGUCUCAAGGUGGUUUUGCUCAGAGUGAGCUGAUGUCCGGCCACCUGAUCGACUUCUUUGUGCCGUUCCUGCCUCUGGAGUACCGUCAUGUCAAGCUCUGUGCACGGGACGCCUAUGUGGCACGAGGUCUGGAGACGGACGAAGCUACAUUGGAUGAGGUGGCCAAGGCGAUGCUGUAUGUCCCCAAAGAGGAGAGACUGUUCUCAGCCCAGGGAUGCAAGUCAAUACCCCAGCGCAUCAACUUCUUUCUUCCCUAGAAGGAGAGACAGACAGAGGAGAGACCUGGAGGUAGGAGGUGUGAGAUUGCUUUACCAGCCCAUCUGCGUAUUGAGCCACAGAGGAUAUGUGUCUUCUCUGCUCUAGUCUGCUCUACGCACUCCCCCGCACACACACACACACACACACACACACACACACACAGAUCCAACACGCGUCUGUCCAGGUCCCUCAGAGAAGGCCAGGCGGCAGGGUAUUAGAGUAUUAGAGGGGAAAGCAGCACGACCCACCCUGCAGAUAUGAGCGGUGCCAGACGGUCGUCAAGUGCGGCUUGGAUGCUCUUCCUCACCUGCCUGGUUUGAAUCCUCACAGCGUCAAGACUGAGUAUUGAAGAAGACGGUAUGGGUGGCCAUGCAGCGUAUGUCUUGGAUGAAUACAUUUUUAUCACCCUGUUUAUGUCUGUUCACCUUGGCCAAAGUUUUGAGCACAUGUCUUAUGUUCAGAUAAGGUCCUACUUCAUGUGUUAGUAUUUGCAUGUCAGACAAUGUGCUUCUUUUAGCACUGGUUAUUUAUUUGUGCCAUAUUUGAGCAUUUUACUGUACCAGAUUCUUUUUUGUGGAGUUGUCUGAAAGCACAUUUGGUGGUACUGUAAGCCAUUAGUAAAUGUUACAUAUGGGACUAUGUUGUGAAUGUGAACAGUAUGGAGUGUGUAACUGCGUACAUGUUGCUGUGAUGCAAAUGUUACUUGAAAUUAUUACUGGAAAACAACAUGCCAAAAGCAAUGAAAGUUAGCUGUUUUGUGUACAUAUGUUUAAUUAUAGUGCUUUUAAUGAUUAUUUUUUUUUAUUGUCAGUAAUUUGAUUGAUUCAUUGGACAGAUUUUUAUUCCUUGCUUUAUCUCCCUCAUUUGUGCACACCCUUUCACAUACUCUCACCCGGUUUGAGUUAGUCUGCUUUAGUGAUUUUGUUCUCUAAAGCUCAGGGUCACAUCACAAGAAGAACAUGAGAAGAAAUUACUUAAAGAAAAUAAACAUCCACAGGAAACCAACAACAGUUGUUUUUAUUUAAUGCAAGAAUUUGAGGGGAUUCAUCAGUCAAAAAACUGAAAAAGGCUGUCCCAGGUUUGGGUGAGCUGCUUUGUGUGGUGUGCCAGGGAUGGGAAGAAAAUCUAACACAAAUCAAGAGCUGAAAGGAUUAGUGUUUAGCAAUCAACAGAGCAAUAAUUGUCUACAAUUUUGAGAAUCAAUUACUUGUUUGAGUUAUGUUUUAAGCCAAAUACGAAAAAAAAAAAAUCACUGGUUUCAACUUCUCAGAUGUGAAUAUUUGCUGUUUUGGGUACUCUUCCAUGAUUAUAAAUGGAAUAAGUUUUGAUUUUGAUGGUGAAACUAAUAAAUUGUUGGCAUUUUACAUAAUUUCUCAAGGAUAUAAUCACUGGAGUAGCUGUUAAUGAAACUAAUGGGUAGUUGCAGCCCCAAACAAGUCUCCAAAUCUCCCACCACUCUAACAUUUGCAUUGCUUAUUACUAUUUUACUUGAAUGUUUAAGCUUCACUGUGCAGAAUGAUGUACCUGAAACUGGAAAGCUCAUCACAUUCAUCUGCUGAAGGGGGAAGGUUUCUCUCGUCUCACUUUAAAUCAGUUUUUAACACGUGAACAUACGAACGUGAUUUCCAGUUUAGAAACCAAUGGCGGUCCAAUAUACAACUUAUCGUGUGUAUGUGUGAUGUGUACAUUUGGAACUUCGUCAUCACAUACACCGAUUUUUUAGUGAAGCAGGAGACAUCUUGUAUUUUAUUCAACUGUUGUGAAAAAGACAUUGCUAUUCAAAACAGUAUUUUUCUAUGUCAAAACAUGUCCAGAGCGAUUUCUUCAAAAAGAAAAAAAAAUG